CUUCACUGUAUAAACUCGAUAAAAAUAAUGUGCAGCAUGAUUCCUGAAUGACCAAUUUUUCUUGUGAUUUGACAAAAAACAAACCAAGAGUAUCAACAUUUGACUCAAAAAACCGAAAAUCAAAUGGAUCAAAAAAACUAAUAGGAAGAGUACAUAUUUUAUCAUGUUGAUGUUCCAUUGCCAUUUUCGACGUAUUUGUAUAAUUUUCUCAAUACUGAUCAAUUUCAAAACAACAUGCUCAGACAGCGAUUUCAUACAAAGAAUGACCGAAGCUCAAAUCAUCCCUCUGAUUACUCCUAGAGCUCCAAAACAUGAAAUAGACAUUUAUUACCCAAUCGAAGGAGUAUUUACGAAAAUUAAUGCAGGAGACAUCCUCGACGAAUACUUUGUACAAAAACAACCCGAGCUGACUUGGUCAUUCCGUGAGAAAACGUAUUACACACUUUGCAUGAUUGGUAUGACGCCGAAUGACUUAGACGUUGAGUUUUCUGGUUCAUCUCAAGCUGAAACUUCGGAAAGACCGCUAAUGCAACAAUGGGAACAAUGGCUCGUGAUCAAUAUACCAGGUUUACAUAUCAAUGAAGGCAAUGAACUAGCAGCUUACGAACCUCUACCUUUACCACUGGAAAAUGCGACGGAUUGUUACAUAUUUCUUAUCUACGAACAAACGGAGAAAUUUGAGAAAUUUCAAGAUCUCAUGAUGACCAAUACUUCGGGUGAAGACGAUUAUCAUUCGAUUGAGUUGGCAAGAUAUUUUGCUGAAACGCAACGACAAACCGAUCCUUGGGCUGGUAGUUUUUUCCUCGUAAACGGGCCAGGGCCAGUUCCAGAAAAUAUCAGUAACUAAUACCCUGAUUUACUAAUAACGAAUUAAACAGUUUUGCAACACAAAAAAAACACUCAUCGCAAAUUAAAUAUUUUUUUAUUAGUUUCUUUUAAACGUAGAAAUAAAAAUAGGUAAUAAUGUAAUGAAAAAAAGAAGACCUCGAAUACAUGACUUUCAAGAUUUCAUAGAUCAACAAUAAAUUGUAUAAAAUAUUUUUA